CAUGGAAUUUUGCUGUAAACUUCCGCUUCCGGUACACCAUCCUCGUGCUUCUGUUUACAACUGUCGCAGUCACUUCCUUACCUUCGUUGUUCUGUCAGCCGUGGCUCGACGCUCCACACCUGGCCACCCCACUGAGAAAGUUGGAGGCAAAUGAUGGACUCUGAUUCAUCCAGGGCUGGCAUUGAGUCUGCAUCUCGGAAUCACAGAACAAAGAAGAAGAAGAAAAAAGGCUCAGCAGGUAAAUCCCCUAGUACCAAGGGAAGUACCUUAAAUGACUGUAGUCCCAAGGAUGGGAACAUUGACAACAAGACACCCUUGAAUCCUCUCAUGGAUACCUCAAAUAAUGUUGAGUUAGGGACCAAUUCAUCAGACCCUAAAGACACCCUAAAUAAUAUUGACACUCUAGAUCCUAAUCCGGAUAUAGCUGGUGCCACUGAUCCUAAGAACAAGAUGAUGGGGUCAGCCCCUAUAAGCACAUUAAACAAUAUUGACACUGGCAUCAAUGUCUCAGAGUCUGGUUUAACUCUUGCUAAGGAUUCUUGGAUAACUAAAACUGAUUCUACAAUUGAGAAGAAGAAGAAAAAUUUGAAUUCUCCCCAGAAUAAUUUAGACAACGUUGAGAUUGAGGUGAAUAAUUCAGAUUCUUGUCCAACUUUUCAUAGCAGUUCAUUGAUAGAAGAAGCUCAUGGUAAUGUUAAUCUCAGAAAUCUCAGAAGUACUGGCAUUGAAAGUGAUAACAUGGGUCAUGCAGAAUCAAGUGACCCCCAUGAAUCAGAUGCACCUCACCCCUCUGUCAACAGCAACAUUGGCUUGGAAUUUCCAUAUACAGAAAGACUGGUAGAAAACAUAGAGGGUGCACAGCAGUUCACUUUGUUCCGUCAGCUGACCUCUAUGGGAAAACUUGAAGACAUAAUUCUAAGAAAUAGCGUGAGGGUUUUGAAGCUGGUGGGUUGUCAUUUGAGUUCACUGCCUGAAGACUUGGGUAACCUGUUAUAUCUGGAGGCCUUGGUAUGCAGUGAAAACAAACUCACAGAGCUUCCACAGUCUGUUGGUUAUCUUCAGCAUUUGAAAGUGUUACAAGUUGAUAUGAAUCGCUUAAAACAGCUUCCGGCAAACAUCGGAUCCUUGAAGUCUUUGAAGUUGCUUGCUGCCAAUGACAACCAGUUGGAGUAUCUGCCAGCAAGCAUUUCGGUGCUAGAAAACCUCCAGACUCUCGACUUGUCGAACAAUUGUUUGCGAAGCCUGCCAUUACACUUUCAGUCAUCUUCAUGUCUCAACCAACUUUACAUCCAGAAAAACUCUAUUGAAAAGUUACCACCUUGGAUAGCAAAAUUGUCGAAAAUUCAAGAAUUCCAGGUUGGUGAGAACCAGUUGACCGAGUGGCCGGACUUUGAAGAGUUUGGUCGCACAGCCACAGAGCUCACGGUGUUAGAUGUGUCAGAAAACCGGCUGAGUGCUCUGUCCAGUGGCUUUGGAGGACUACAAUCAUUGAAUUGUUUAAAUUUGGGCCGAAACCCUUUUGUUGACAAUCAGAAUGCAGAAUGUGUUGGCAAUCUGUUGAAAGGGCUGCCAGACAGCUUCUGUCAGCUCCAUGCUGUUACUUUGUUAAGCAUUGAUGGGAAUUGCUUGCAGAACUUACCCGAUAAUUUUGGUGAUUUGCGGUCCCUGAAGAUGCUGAACCUGUGCGACAACGAACUUGAAGCGUUACCAGAUUCUUUCUCUUACCUGAACUCUUUACAACUAUGUCUGCUUUCAAGGAACUCACUGAAUUGCCUACCUGAGCAGUUUGGACACCUGCCUGCUCUCAAGCACCUGGAGGUGUCUCACAACAACCUGGUGGACUUGCCAUCAUCAUUUGGUAAGUUGUCUACGCAAUUAGUCUACCUAGACCUUUGCAAUAAUUGCAUCCUGCAUGAACUAAAGAUCCUUGAGAAAUUCGAAAGGCUCACCUUCCUGGACGUUGGUAGCAACCCAUUUGUGCAGUGUGAUUUGUCGUCCACCUCUCGUGCUGUGAAUCCCCAACUCACCUCAGCCUGUAAGCACUACUUCACUACAUCACUUGCAGGACAGUUUGAAGAUUUUGAUAGUGACGAAGAAGGAAGGGAUGAAGGUAAAAACUGUGAUGAUGAUGAUGAAGAUGAUGAAGAUAAAGAUAAGAAAGGAAAGGUUGUAUAUAGUCAAAUCACAUAUCAACAGGGAGAUAAAGACACAUUGCCAUCAAGAAAUAACCACCAAUCUUCUCCUCAGAACUCUCCUUGUGGCAUAGAUAGCUCGUUUGUGGGUCCUACAGAGUCAUGUAGUGACCCCUUGAAAUCUUCAAUGACCCUAACCCAGCAGCUCAAAGGCAACAUCACGGACAGUGAUGAUGGCACGAAGCAGAAUCAUGUUGCAGCAGAAAUCCACAGAAUGUCUUGUCACCGUGACAACAGUGUCAAUACAGAUCAUCACCAUAGUAACCACACCGACAAGAGAAACAUGUCUGAGGUGAAACGAAAAGAGGAGGAAGACUGGGAUGAAGAGGAAUGGGCUGGAGACAGCAAAGUGGCCCCUGCUUGUCGUGACCACACCAUGAACACUACCAUGACAAACAACACUGUUAAGCACAAUUCCAGCUGCAGACAACCCACCAUGACCACCACAGGUGCUGAACUAAGCAGAGGUCACAUAUUCUUGCCAGCCGAUAUUCACAAAGACAACAUAAAUUAUAACUUUGUUGGUUUCAGAAACUUCACUGGACAAUUUGACAAUGCUGAUGAAUGAAUGCCACUGAUUCUCUCUCUCACACUCACUCACUCACUCUUUCUCUUGUUCAUAUAUAUAUAUAUAUAUAUAUAUAUAUAUAUAUAUACAAGAAAAAUAAAUGACAAAGAAAUGAACAAUUAUCCUAUGAACUGCAUUAGCUUACAGCUGUUUCUGCUAUAAGAGGCAGUCGACUCAUACUUGAGCUUCAUCAGAGCCUUGAAUAUGAAUUGCAAUUUAUUUGGGAAAGAAUUACAUUUGUGCCUAUAUAGGGAAUGGCAUCAACAAUGAGAAAAGUGUAUGUCCAAAAGGUUGUUGAUGCCAUUUUCUAUAUAGACACAAUUGUGAUUCUUUCCUAAGUAAAUUACAUUUCAUACUUGAGGCUCUGAUGAAGCUGUAGGGUGUCAUUCAAGUACUCAGCUAUGUAUUCACUGCAUCUUAUAAGCAGAAACAGCUGUGGUUCAUAAGAUAAUCAUUUAUCCUUUUGUCAUCACGCUUUCUCUUACUGCCACUCUAUGCUCAGCCAACACUUCGUUCUGAAACAUAUAUUGAGUUCUACACUGGGUUAUUUAUCUCACAAUACCUAAGCGAAAUAUGUGUAUACAUAUAUUCAUUCAAAAAUUGACCCAAAAGAAAGCAAAGGAACAAAGAGAAAAUUGACGCACAAGACAUGGACAUGAGCUUACCUUGUCAGUUAUUGUCCAAAACGCCUUACAAUUUCACACCUUUAACGAUAAUAUUGUUCAGUUUUGGUUUGUCAACAGCAAAAAGCUACUGAGAAUAAUAACGAGUGAGUGUAAAGGAUGGAGACAAAAACGAAGACAACCCUGGUUGUUGGUACAAAUAAAAAUAUACAGACAAAACAAAGGCUGUUCUGCUCGGCUCUGAGACAACAUUAAGACAAGACCUGUAGAAGUAACACAAUGGAAAUGUGUAUGUGUGUGUAUAUAUAUAUAUAUCUGUAUAUAUAUAUAUAUAUACAUAUAUAUAUCUUUACACAUAUAUACACAUGAAUUUUUUCUUGGAAAUAUAUACAUACAUGAAUACACACACACAUACAUUUCAUACCUCUUCUUUAACACAAUAAUAUGCACUAUUUUUUCUCUCUUUCAAUGUCUUUCUUUUCUGUCUAUUUAUCUGUCUUUCAUAUACACACAAUGACCACACUGACAUGCACAAUCACACACACACACAUACUGUUCAAGAUUUGUUCAUUAGACUUUUGUAUUCCCUAGUAUUUUAGGCCUGGCUGUGUGCUAAGAAGUUUGCUUCCCAACCACAUGGUUCUAGUUUCAAUCUCACUGCGUGACAUCUUGGAUAAGUGUCCCUAAUACAGCCUUAGACUGAUCAAAACCUUGCGAGUGGAUUUGGUUGGCAGAAACUGAAAGAAGCCCUUUGCAUACAUGUGUGUGCAUGUGUCUUUA